AUGGCAAUGAAUAUUUUACUUCUCGCCGGCGGCCAGACCAACCCUGGCGAUUUCGUUUAUUUCCAGGCCGAUGGCGUAUAUUCUGUGGCCAAAUGGGCACCCUGCUUCGGCACCGGUUUGCCACCCGCUACCCGAGAGGAAUGUUGCACGUCACGGGAGUACGUUGAUUCCUCACGUUGCUUCCCGGGCGUGCACAGCCAGCUCGAGUGUUGUGGACAAGGUUAUGUGAUGCUCUUUGCGGACAGCCCGCGGGAGCUUUUGAAAGCGGAAGGUGAUCAUCCGGCAUUUUCUGCGCAGCAGGUAUCGUGGGAGUUUUGGAUAGGUGCGAGCACUCAAACUUUGGAGUUCAACCUGGGUGGAAUGCCCCUUGUGUUCAGAGACUUCAAGAUCUCGCGGUUUGGUAUGGAGAGCCAGCUGAAAGAAUUGCAAAAGGAUGCAUACGGAUUCAGCACGCUUCCACUGCACCGCGGUGACGUGGUUUUAGAUGUUGGGGCCAAUGUGGGUGUCGUUUCCGUUUGGCUUGCCAAGUUAUAUCCUAGCAUUCGCAUUAUCGCCAUAGAGCUCGAUCCAACGAAUUUCCGUUUCAUGCUAUGGAAUUUGCACCGCAACAAUGUCACUGAGCAGGUGUGGCCUGUGAAUGUGGGAGCCUGCGAAUCUGGCAAUGCAACCUAUGAGCUGUUUCCACCCAUACAAGGAGGAGUUGUGAGGAGGGUGGUGCGAUCAAACGUGCCUUGCAUGUCGUUACAGAGGAUUUUCCAAACAUUCGAUAUUCACGAUUUGGCGCUGAUGAAGCUUGACUGCGAAGGUUGCGAGUUUUCCUUCAUAACAUCGCAGACAGCGGAGGGACCACUGCGGCUCACCCGCACGAUUGUAGGCGAGUUUCAUGAUCCAACACUUGUCCGAUUUGAUGCGCUAUCCAUGGAGCGUGCUCAGCGUGCCUACCGGAUCAUGUGUGCACCUGGCAACACCGUGCUUGGAUGUCAAACGCCCGCUUGGCCAUACCAGUGA